AGGCUCAGCCAAGUACAGCAAGAGCCACUGAGGAUGAGACUCUUCAUCUGCCUUUGAAGAGGGGAAUCCCUCCAACCCCUAACUGCAGUACCAGGGGGUUCCCUCCGUUUGCUGGGGGAUCCUUGGAGACAGUACUACAGUCUUCAUUAGAUGUCCUGUGGAUGUGAUGGAGCCUGUCCUUUGGCUGCCUUUCCCAGUUUCUAUGGAACCCAGAAGAACUAUGGCUUCUGACCUAGAGAGUAGCCUCACCUCCAUAGACUGGCUCCCCCAGCUGACCCUCCGAGCUACCAUUGAAAAGCUGGGGAGUGCUUCCCAGGCUGGGCCGCCAGGGGGCAGCCGCAAGUGUCCCCCAGGCUCACCCACAGAUCCUAAUGCCACCCUGAGCAAAGAUGAGGCAGCAGUCCACCAGGAUGGCAAACCAAGAUACAGCUAUGCCACCCUCAUCACCUAUGCCAUCAAUUCCUCUCCAGCCAAGAAGAUGACCCUCAGUGAGAUUUACCGUUGGAUUUGUGAUAACUUCCCCUAUUACAAGAAUGCUGGCAUUGGUUGGAAGAAUUCAAUUCGGCAUAACCUUUCUCUCAACAAAUGUUUCCGGAAGGUGCCCAGACCUCGGGAUGACCCUGGGAAGGGCUCAUACUGGACAAUUGACACCUGUCCUGACAUCUCCCGAAAGAGAAGACACCCUCCAGAUGAUGAUCUAUCCCAAGACUCACCAGAACAGGAGGCAAGCAAGAGCCCCCGGGGAGGCGUUCCAGGGAGUGGAGAAGCCUCACUGCCUCCUGAGGGGAAUCCUCAGAUGUCACUUCAGAGCCCCACAUCUAUCACCAGCUACAGCCAGGGCACAGGAUCUGUGGAUGGCGGAGCAGUGGCCGCAGGGGCUCCAGGCCGAGAAAGCACUGAGGGUCCCCCUCCCUUGUAUAACACCAACCAUGACUUCAAAUUCUCCUACUCAGAGAUCAAUUUUCAGGAUCUGAGCUGGUCCUUCCGCAACCUCUACAAAUCCAUGCUGGAGAAGUCCUCUUCCUCCUCCCAGCACGGCUUUUCGUCUCUCCUGGGGGACAUGCCGCCCUCUAACAACUACUACAUGUACCAGCAGCAGCAGCCGCCACCGCCACAGCAGCCGCCGGCCCCGCCACAGCCCCAGCAGUCACAGCCACAGCAGCAGCAGGCACCAGCCCAGGGCCCCUCAGCUGUAGGGGGUGCUCCUCCAUUGCACACUCCAAGCCCAGAUGGUUGUACCCCACCAGGGGGCAAGCAAACUGGGGCUGAAGGCUAUGGGCCUCCCUCUGUGAUGGCCAUGCACCCACCCCCUCUGCAGCAUGGAGGCUACCACCCUCAUCAGCACCAUCCCCACUCCCACCCUGCCCAGCAGCCGCCACCACCACAGCCACAGGCACCAGGCCAGGCUCCUAUCAACAGCACUGGUUUUGCCUUUCCUCCUGAUUGGUGCUCCAGUAUCGACUCCUUAAAGGAAAGCUUCAAGAUGGUGAAUCGGCUCAACUGGUCUAGCAUUGAGCAGUCACAGUUCUCAGAACUGAUGGAGAGUCUGAGACAGGCAGAGCAGAAGAACUGGAGCCUCGACCAGCAUCACAUUGCCAAUCUGUGCGACUCCCUUAAUCACUUCCUUACUCAGACUGGUCAUGUGCCCCCUCAAGGGGGCUCCCAUCGGCCACCAGCCCCUGCCCGUAUUGCUGACUCCUGUGCUCUCACCAGUGGCAAACAAGAGCCAGCCCUGAAUCAAGUGAACUCUUACGGGCACCCACAAGCCCCCCACCUCUACCCUGGCCCAUCCCCAAUGUACUCAAUUUCCACCCAGGACUCAGCAGGAUACAAUCGCCCAGGACACCAUAUGGUCCCUCGGCCACCGGUUCCACCUCCCGGUGCCAGUGAGGAGAUCCCUGAUGACUUCGACUGGGAUUUGAUCACUUAGUGCAUCAUGGAGUGUGGCUGGCAGCCAGGGCUGGGUGGCGAAGCUGCCAGUGGGGAGAGAGCGACUUCAUCACUUAGUGCAUCAUGGAGUGUGGCUGGCAGCCAGGGCUGGGUGGCGAAGCUGCCAGUGGGGAGACAGCAGCCCCAGCCCAUUCCUUCCCCCCUUGCCUGUAUAUAGAUAUAUAUCUUCUUUUUUUUUUUUCUUUCUCUGUCAGAGAAGCCACUGCAAGAUGCUGCCGAAAAUAACCCCUCUUUCCUGCCUCGUUCUUCCUCUUCCUUCUUGUUUUUUCCCUGAAUCAUUUUCUUCUUCUUCUUCUUCUUCUAUUAUUAUUAUUAGUGGUUAUAUGCUGCCUCCAGUCUCCUGUCCCUACACUAUUGACCAUGUCCACCCCUGGCUAAUUUAAAAUCAUCUGGCGAGAAGGUGAGGCCAUGAUAGCUACUGAGAAAGGUUUCAAACUCUUAUUUACCUGUCUCUCUGAGAAGGUCAGUGCUAAACCCACCUUUUGGCCCUAAAUUGUUCUGUGUUCUUAUCAAUUCAGUUCAGAACUGGAGCGGCCACAUUAUCAAGUAGAAGGGAUCUCAAACACUGCUUGGCAGCCAUGACUUUGCAGGUUUUACUCAAUGGUGCUAAUUUUGUCCUCUGAGCUCUUCCUUGUCCCUUUAUAUCUUUAACCCUUACUUCUGCCGAUCCUCAUUCCCCAUCAAGGGUAAGAGUGAUGGUGGUGGUGCCGGAGGGUGACAAUAAAAUCCUAGUGAAAUAAGAGGCCCGAGUUGAGUUGAAUACUGCAGAGGGGCGAUGGAAUGAAAUUGGGUAUGUAAUACUAUGUCAAAUAAACAUCCACUGACUUAUUCCUAGCCCAUUCUCUAUGGUGGGUCUGAAGAUAGUGGGUCUGAACCAGAACUCUGCUGCUAUGGUAGGGAUGAGGACAACUGUUCAGCAUAGUGUCAACUUUUUGGAGAUGUUUUCAAUUUAACCAUUUUGCCUUUUUAAACAUAAUUUUCUCUGAUUUGCAUUUACAAAUUAUCCUUCAAUCCCCUUUUCCCAUUCAGCAAAUAUUUUGGCUCAACUCUUCUACCCGCCUUAUUUUCUUCCCCCAUUUUCUGGCAUUCUCAAGAUAGACAAAUAACCCAUUAUCACUCUUACUUUCAUCAUGUCCUAGAACAGGGUGGGAAUCUCUUUCCCACCUACCAGCAGAACGAAACCUAAUUGGUGAUAAGAGGUUGGGGAAAGGAAAAGAGCUGGCAUAGAUACGGGUAGGGAAUAUUUCAGUUAUUUAACUAUGUAAGUAAAUGCUUCUCUUGGAAUCAGAUCAUUGGGGCUGAAGCUUUAGCAAUAGGGUAUUAAGGGGUGAAGGAAAUUGGUAGUGUGGAGUAUAUAAUCUAGAGGGAAGAAUUCAAUGAGGGCCAAGGGAGACCCCCAGAAAAAGGUAUAGGGAUGACUUAUCUCAUUUAAGGAGUGGCCAUGAUUUAUUGCUGCAAAGUCCUUAGUGUAUAUUUAAUGUUAAUUGUUGAAUUUUAGAUAUGGGAGGGAAGAACAAUAUUAUUUCUGUUGCUAUUUUACUAAAUGUUUACUUUCUGAAAGCUAUAGGACAAAAUGUGUGGAAUGGACAAGGCCACUCUGAUUUCUGCUUUUAAUAUUCUUUUAUUUACUGAUGAUUUCCAAGAGGUUUAGCUUUCCACUCUCCUGCUUUUUCUCCUCAUCCACCCCUUCCUUUCUUUGUAAGGGGCUUAUGUAUGAAAGUUUGUUGAAGAAGUCCAGUGAGGCUAAAGUAAAGGGGCAAGAAAGGGCGGUUGAUUAAAGAGCACUUUAUUUCUUUGAAGUUCUUUGUAAGAGAUAGGGGUAUGAGUGGCUUGAAUCCCCCAUUGUGUUGGAGGGCAGUAGUGGGGUUGAAAUAUGACAUAAUAUUUCCCAUUGGGGAAAGGAGAAUUUCUCUUAGAGGGUGGCAAAAUGCCUUUGCCCAGUGUUCCUAUUUUAUGCAUCUCUUCCUUAUUCCUUCCAGUCAAGGUGCCUCCUGCAUACAACCUCCCAUCUGUUCUUCCUAAGAUGCCCCCUUUACACAUUGUCACUCCCCUUUUCUAACCCUUUUUCUACUCAGAUCCAGACAGGGUUUUCAAAGGUAGACUAAAUCAUACAUGUAAAUGUCCCUUGUUUAUAAUUAAUCUGUAUCUUAAAAAAAACUAGUCUCAUUGAGAACUCUGGUGGGCAGCCAGAGUAACUGAAAUUGGGGACUAAGGUUGGAGAUGGGUCAUCAGGCCUCCUUGGGAAUUUAGUUCUCCUCCGCUAAACUCUGCCUUGUUCAGUGGCACAAACUUGACCCUCUUUGGGCCUCAGCCCCGUGUCGUCCCCCUCCCCCGACCCCCCGUGAAAUGGAAUACUACUUUUUCUUGCUGGUUCAGCAUCGCUGGACUUGAAGUAUAGUCGUUGUUGUACUGGGUGAUGUGUGCAAACUGCAGGCGAUCACUGCCUGCAAGAGGAAAUAGGGAGAAAGGGGAGGAGAGGGGUAGAGGAACAAUUACUUGGUAUAGAUCCACCCAUCCCUGCCUUCCUCUCUUCAACCCCUAUGUUUCUGGUUUGGUGAGUCCUUCAUACCACCCAUAAUGCUUUGCAUUGGUGCAGGCUGAGAAGGGGGGUAUGGUCUCAGAAGUUGUUGUUUUUUGCAUGCUUUCUUAAUAAAAACAAAAAAGAAUAUUUAUGGUUUUA